UUAUUCAGUUCAGUGGAGUUUGGCAGAAGAUGGCUGCUUCUUCAUGAGGGAGUUGCACCAAACAGAUUCUACUGGUCUAUGAUGGGGUCUGGUAGAGAACCUGAUCUCGUGCACCUGGAGGCAAAGACAGUGGAUGGUCAUGCCCAAUACAUCACCUGUAAGAUGCAGAACUGCAGUGAAGCCACUCGCAGCAAACCCUUUCCAGGCUAUAUUGACCACAACUCCCUGAUUGUCCAGGAUGAUUAUGUCUUUGUUCAGUUGACGUCAGGAGGAAGACCACAUUAUUACGUUUCUUACAGGAGGAAUGCAUUUGCACAGAUGAAGCUGCCAAAGUACUCCUUGCCCAAGGACAUGCAUGUUAUCAGCACAGAUGAGAAUCAGGUGUUUGCAGCUGUACAAGAGUGGAACCAGAAUGACACAUACAAUCUGUAUAUCUCUGACACCCGAGGGGUGUACUUCACCCUGGCCUUGGAAAAUGUCAAGAGCAGUCAAGGGCUGGAGGGGAAUGUGAUGAUUGACCUCUAUGAGGUAGCAGGGAUAAAGGGAAUGUUCUUGGCUAACAAGAAGAGUGACAACCAAGUGAAAACUUUCAUCACCUACAAUAAAGGGAGAGACUGGAGUUUGUUGCAGGCUCCGGACACUGAUCUGAGAGGAAACCCUGUUCACUGUCUCCUACCCUAUUGCUCCCUUCAUCUUCACCUGAAAGUCUCAGAGAAUCCCUAUACCUCAGGAAACAUCGCCAGCCGAGACACUGCCCCCAGUAUUAUUGUAGCUUCAGGUAAUAUAGGCACUGAACUAUCAGACAAUGACAUCAGCAUGUUUGUUUCUUCUGAUGCUGGGAACACUUGGAGACAGAUCUUUGAGGAAGAGCACAGUGUUCUGUACCUGGAUCAAGGUGGAGUAUUGGUUGCCAUGAAACACACAUCUCUGCCUAUCAGACAUCUCUGGUUAAGUUUUGAUGAAGGGAGAUCUUGGAGCAAGUACAGUUUCACAUCACUCCCACUGUUUGUAGAUGGAGUUUUAGGGGAACCUGGAGAGGAAACUCUCAUCAUGACAGUGUUUGGGCAUUUCAGCCACCGCUCGGAGUGGCAGCUGGUGAAAGUAGACUACAAGUCCAUUUUUGAUCGGAGGUGUGCAGAAGAGGACUACAGGCCUUGGCAACUCCAUAGCCAGGGAGAAGCUUGCAUCAUGGGAGCAAAAAGGAUCUACAGGAAGCGCAAGUCAGAGAAGAAAUGCAUGCAAGGAAAAUAUGCUGGGGCUAUGACCUCGGAGCCAUGUGUGUGCACAGAGGCAGACUUUGACUGUGAUUAUGGAUAUGAACGUCACAGCAAUGGGCAGUGUUUACCAGCAUUUUGGUAUAACCCGUCUUCCUUAUCAAAGGACUGUAGCCUUGGACAGAGUUAUCUCAACAGCACUGGAUACCGGAAAGUUGUUUCUAAUAACUGCACGGAUGGGGUGAGAGAACGAUACACAGCAAAACCACAGCAAUGUCCUGGCAAAGCCCCGCAGGGCCUUCGCAUAAUCACAUCUGAUGGCAAACUGACAGCUGAGCAAGGACACAAUGUCACUUUCCUGGUGCAGCUGGAAGAGGGAGACCUCCUGAGAUCCCUCAUUCAGGUGGAUUUUGGAGAUGGCAUCACUGUGUCAUAUGCCAAUCUCAGUUCAACAGAAGAUGGGAUCAAGCACAUCUACCAGAACGUGGGCAUAUUCCGAGUGACCGUGCUGGUGGAAAACAGCCUGGGGUCUGACAAUGCUGUCCUUUACCUGCAUGUAACAUGCCCCUUGGAAUAUGUUCACUUAUCUCUACCAUUCGUCACCACAAAGAACAAGGAGGUCAAUGCCACGGCAGUACUGUGGCCUAGCCAAGUGGGAACACUUACUUAUGUCUGGUGGUUUGGGAACAACACGGAGCCACUGAUCACAUUGGAAGGGAGCAUCGCAUUCACAUUUUCUGUGGAAGGGAUGAACACCAUCACCGUUCAGGUCUCAGCAGGAAACACCAUUCUUCAGGACACAAAGACUAUUGCUGUGUAUGAGCAAUUUCAGUCCCUGCGGUUAUCAUUCUCUCCAAACCUGGAUGACUACAACCCAGAUAUCCCAGAGUGGAGAAGGGACAUCAGUAGAGUAGUCAAGAGAGCUCUGGUGGAGGCAACAGGUAUUUCAAGCAAGCAUAUUCUGGUCGCAGUGCUCCCUGGUCUGCCUACAUCUGCUGAACUCUUCAUUUUACCAUAUCAAGAUGCAACAGGAGAAAAUAAAAGAGCAGCAGCCGACCUAGAGCAGAUUUCAGAAACACUGAUCCAGAAACUGAACCAAAACCUGGUCCAUUUUGAGUUGAAGCCAGGAGUUCGAAUCCUUGUCCAUGCUGCCCAUUUAACAGCAGCUCCCCUGGUGGACCUCACUCCCAGUCACAGUGGUUCAGCUAUGCUGAUGCUCCUCUCUGUCGUUUUUGUGGGACUAGCUGUGUUUGUAAUCUACAAGUUCAAAAGGAAGAUUCCUGGCCUUAAUAUAUAUGCACAGAUGCAGAAUGAAAAAGAUCAAGAGAUGGUCAGUCCAGUCAGUCAGAGGGAAAGCAUACCUAAUGUCCCUCAAAGAGAGCUGAUGAGCCCUGAGCAACUAGUAGAUGAGAAGUUGGAAGUCCAGCCCAUAGAGCAACCCCAGGCCACAGUCCAGAACCCAAGGAAAGGAAAUGCAACCAAGGUAGUCUGGACAGAGGACUUCCAAAAGGCUUGUGGAUCACCAAGAGGUUUCAAGCCAAGACCCGGAGCGGAAGUAUUUCCACAGCUGCUGAGCCCCAGAGCACAAAAGAAAUCCCUACCUAUGUAAAUGGUUGAAUUGAGGACACCGAUAUAUAUCUAUAUCUAAAAAAAGAGGAGAGCUCACUGCAUUUGGACUUUUUAAUUCUUCAGAUGACAAAGGGUUUUUAGCUUUAAGCCUGUGCAUGUGGACAUUAUACUGAGACCAUAGUGGAACUGCAUUGUACAGGUGUUCAAUUUUAGUGGGGGGUGGGGGGAGAGGAACUGAUACCACUAUUCACUCCUGUGGCCCUUCCCCUCACCCCUCCACUCUCUUUUUUCUGAUCUGUCUCUAAUUUGUAGAAAAUUCAUAAUGAUAUAGGCC